AAGUUGAAAUGGCUAAAACUCUUCAUAGACCCUCUCCCUCUACUCUAUCUCUGCAUGAGGCUCUCCCACAAAUAGCAAAGAAUAGCACCAAGUGGUUGAGCAUUAUUUCAAAACUCCAAUGCCUACUUCUAUGUACCCCUUCAUAUUCCUUAGCAUUCUCAUCUCCAUCCCCCUCACAGGUGGGACGCAGCUCAUAUUGGUGAACAACUGCCAAGAGAGUGUGUGGCCCGGAAUCCUUGGCAGUGGAGGCCACCCAACUCCUAAAGACGGUGGUUUUCACCUUUGCAGCGGCGACGAGGUGGUGUUGGAAGUCCCUGAAGGAUGGUCAGGGAGAAUCUGGGGUAGACAAGGCUGUUGCUUUGACACCAAAACCGGAAAAGGCACUUGUGAAACAGGUGAUUGUGGAGGCCUUUUGAAGUGUGGAGGAAUGGGUGGAGUCCCACCGGCUACCCUUGUGGAAAUGACACUUGGUACCCCUCAAUCCGCCUUGCAUUUCUAUGAUGUUAGUUUGGUUGAUGGGUUCAACCUUCCAGUGUCCAUGAAGCCUGUGGGUGGAGGAAUAGGUUGUGGGGUAGCAGCUUGUGAGGCUAACUUGAACGUUUGUUGUCCCUUUGCUUUGGUUAUGAAGAGGCAAGGAAAGGUAGUUGGGUGCAAGAGUGCUUGUUUGGCUGCAAAAUCAGAUAGGUAUUGUUGCACUGGGGAGUUUGCAACACCAAAAAGUUGUAAGCCAAGUGCAUUUUCACGUCUUUUUAAGACUAUUUGCCCUAAGGCUUAUAGCUACGCUUAUGAUGAUUCAACAGGGCUUAAGAUUUGCAAAGCACAUCGGUAUGUUAUCACAUUCUGUCCCCCAAAAGGUUGAUGGGGGCAUAACACUAGUAGUGUGUGAUGAACAUUGAAGAGAUGUGUUUUUAUAAUUGGUUUAUUAAUUGUUGUUGUUUAAUCUGAUCGAUGUUGUGAUGAUUCUCUUUUCUUCUUGUUCAAGCAAUUUGCCAAAGUGAAGUGUUGAAUCAUUUGAAACUUUCAUGUUGUACAAUUAUUAAUGUUUAAUUUGUUAGAUGGUUAAGUGAGUCUCUUAUAAGUUGUAUUUAUUGUGGAUUGCUGAAUGGAGCUCAUUGGCCUACGGAUUGUUUUCAUA